AUGGAUUUUAUGGACGGUCGAGAACUAGACGGACAAGUGCCUGUGACUGCGACAAGGUGUCUCGGAUUGGCCUUGGUAGCUUGUUUGUACGCCACGGUCAGGUGCCUGUUAUCAGGAGAUGCUAAAGUAGCUCUUUAUGCUUCAGACCUCGUCGGCCAGAUGCCUGAGACUGCCGCGAGUAUCUUUUUUGUACGCUGGAUCGCCCCGAUACUAAGUAGGUUCUUUAUAUGGAAGAAUUCGGCAUCCAUGUGCCUGCGACCGUCACAGUCUUCGAAGGAACAUGCGCUAGAACCAACCCCGACUAUAUAUCUCGACAAUCCGCUUCACGCUUGUUGCCUACCCGCUUACGCCCCGAAGAAGCCAACCAGCAACAAAAAAAAAAACAGCAACAAAACACCAUCGAAUUCGAGUGCCCCACCGACAUGGACCGCACCUCCACCUGAUCUAAGUCCGUGUGAUCCGAUCCGAUAG